ACGUGGAGCCGGGCGAGCAUGGCGCGGUGCGGGCGGCUCCGUUCGGGCGCCGCCGCCAAGCUGAAGCGGUGGCGGAAGGGCCACAGCAGCGACUGCAACCCCGAGACCCGCCGGCACCGCCUGGCCGCGCGCAGCCGCUUCUGCAGCCGGCCCGCGGAGAAAAGCAACUUGACAGUGGAUGCAGUAAAGCUGCACAAUGAGCUGCAGUCGGGGUCCCUGUGCGUGGAGCGGACGAGUGACAGCACUCAGCUCCGCAUGGAGGAGGAUGAUGAUGGAGAAGCUGCCACAGAGAAGUCCUCUGGCACCUUCCUCAGCGGGCUGAGUGACUGCACUAACGUCACCUUCAGCAAGGUGCAGCGGUUCUGGGAGUCCAACUCGGCUGCUCACAAAGAGAUCUGUGCCGUGCUGGCAGCUGUGACAGAGGUGAUCCGCUCUCAGGGGGGCAAGGAAAGCGAGACCGAGUACUUCGCUGCACUGAUGACCACACUGGAGGCAGUGGAGUCCCCUGAGUCACUGGCUGCUGUCGCCUACCUGCUCAACCUGGUUCUAAAGCGCGUCCCAAGCCCUGUGCUCAUGAAAAAGUUCUCGGACACCUCCAAAGCCUUCAUGGGUAUCCUGUCCUCGCAGGCCUGCAGCGGCUCCACCUCUGCCCUCCGAUGGGUCCUUUCUUGCCUGGCUACACUGCUGCGGAAGCAGGACCUGGCAGCCUGGAGCUACCCCGUCACCCUCCAGGUCUAUCAUGGCUUGCUCAGUUUCUGCGUCCAUGCCAAGCCCAAGGUUCGGAAGGCUGCUCAGUAUGGGGUGUGCUGCGUCCUGAAGGGCAGCGAGUUCAUGUUUGGCGACACGGCCCCUGCGCAUCACCCUGCGGCUCCAUCCACUGCCAAGUUCUGCGUGCGAGAGAUUGAGAAAGCCGGAGGCACCAAGGAGGCCACGACCACCCUGCACGUCCUGACUCUGCUGCGGGACCUGCUACCCUGCUUUCCUGCAAACAUGGUGAAGACCUGCUGCGAGACCUUGCUCAGAGUCAUGACCCUCAGCCACGUUCUGGUGAUGGCGUGCGCCAUGCAGGCUUUCUACAGCCUCUUCAGCGCUCAGGCCAGCCCAGCCUGCCUGCCAGCUGAGCUCAACGCCCAAAUCAUCACAGCCCUGUACGACUAUGUGCCCAGUGUGAAUGACCUGCAGCCACUGGUGACCUGGUUGUCCACCAUGGAGAGAGCACACAUCAACCUGAGCAGGCUGCAGAAGGAGCUGUGCUGGGCUCAUCUUCCCCGUCUCUUCUCUACCACCAUGAACUGCUUCCUGUCCCCCCACUCCCAGGUGGUAUCGACUGCGGCACAGACCCUUGAGAACCUCCUGAGUGAGUGUGUUGCUCCCAACGUGGGUGAUCUGGGCACCGUCUCUGCGUCUGCCCCAGCCCCUGCCUCUUACCUUUGCAAGAUGUUCAGGGCAGUGGAGGAUGGCCUGACGUAUCGUUUUCAUGCAGCAUGGGCCGAUGUGCUGCAGGUGCUGGAGAUUUUCUUUGAGACAUGUGGGAAGCAGUGCCAUCCCAUAAUGAAGAAGUGUCUCCAGUCCCUGUGCGACCUACGUCUCUCCCCACACUUCCCUUACACCGCUGAACUGGAGCAGGCGGUGGGGGCCGCUGUGAGCGCCAUGGGUCCCGAGGUGCUGCUGCAAGCUGUGCCCCUGGAGAUAGAUGGCAAGGAGGAGACGCUGGACUUCCCCCGCAGCUGGCUCCUGCCUGUGCUGCGAGACUACGUGCAGGAUGCGCGGCUUGGUUUCUUCACCAGCUACUUUCUGCCCUUGGCAGCCACCCUGAAAAGCAGAGCCCUGGAGCUUACUCAGGCUGGGAAGAGCCUGGAGUCCAAGAUCUAUGACACCCUGCAGUGGCAGGUCUGGACCCUGCUGCCCGGCUUCUGCAUCCGCCCCACAGACGUGGUGGUGGCCUUCAAGGGGCUGGCUCGCACCCUGGGCAUGGCCAUCAGUGAGCGCCCGGACCUGCGCCCCACCGUGUGCCAGGCCUUGCGCACCCUCAUCAACAAGGGCUGUGAGACAGAUGCAGAGCGGGCAGAGGUGGGUCGCUUUGCCAAGAAUUUCCUGCCCAUCCUCUUCAACGUGUACAGCCAGCCUGAGGAGGAUGGAGACAGCAGUGCACAGCGCCGCUCCGUGCUGGACACUGUCCGGGCUUACUUGACCAUCACAGAGCCACAGAUGGUGUGUGGGUUCCUGCAAAAAGCCAGCGAGAAGCUGACCAGCCCUGAAAGCACAGAGUUUGCCAGACUCUCAAUCCUGGAUCUGAUUGUGGCAAUGGCGCCCUAUGCUGACGAGCCGUCCCUGGGCUCCCUGUAUCGCACCAUCCAGCCUUCCCUUCAGAGCAAGGAGCGGAGUGUGCAGAAGAAGGCCUACCGUGUGCUGGAGGAGGUGUGUGCUGCCCCCCAUGCUCCCUGCCAGGCCUUUGUCCACUCGCACCUGGAGGAUCUGCAGACAACGCUGCUGGACUCGCUCAAGAGUGCAGCGUCUCCAGCCAAGAGGCCCCGACUGAAGUGCCUCUUCCACAUCGUGAAGCAGCUUUCAGCCGAGCACGAGCCCUUUGUCACCGCCUUGGUCCCAGAGGUGAUCCUGUGCACCAAGGAGGUGUCGGUGGGGGCCCGGAAGAAUGCCUACCUGCUGCUGGUGGAGAUGGGGCAUGCCUUCAUCCGCUUUGGACCCACCCCACCAGAGGGCAUGCAGCGGUUCCUGCUCCUGAUCUAUGCGGGGCUCACAGGCUCGGUCACCAUGAUCAGCUGCACGGUGCUGGCACUCACCCGCCUCUUCUUCGAGUUCAAAGAUCACAUGGAGCUGAGCGUGGUGGAGCAGCUCCUGCAGAACAUAUGCCUGCUGCUGGGUUCUCGCACUCGGGAUGUGGUGAAGGCAGCCCUGGGCUUCCUCAAGGUCGUGCUGCUGCUGGUUGAUACCAAACUGCUCGCUAAGCAUGUCCAGACAAUGCUGGAGGCCGUGGGGAACCUUUCGGACGACAUGAGACGUCACUUCCGCAUGAAGCUGCGCAACCUCUUUACUAAGUUCAUCCGCAAGUUUGGCUUCGAGCUGGUGCAGGGGCUGCUGCCGGCUGAGUACCACAAGGUGCUGGUGAACAUCCGCAAGGCCGAAGCCAGGAGCCGCAAGCAGCGUGCCCUGAAGCAGGCAGCAGUAGACACAGAUGAAGAGGAGGCACCACCGCAGCCCAGAGGAGACAGCAUCGAGGAGAUCCUGGCUGACUCGGAGGAGGAGGAGGAAGAGGAGGAGCGCUGGGGCAAGGAGAGGAAGAAGCAGUCAUGGCAGAGGGGCCAAGCCUGGUUGAAAGAGGGGGAAGAGGAUGAGCCCCUCAACUUCCUGGACCCCAAUGUGUCCCAGCGGGUACUGGCCACCAAGCCGGGCACCAAGCGGUCCAGAGGAGUGAACCACGACUUCCAGGUGUCUGAGGAUGGGCGCCUGAUCAUCCAAGAGGAGGAAGAGGAGGUGGAUGAUGAAGCGAAAGGAGCAGAUGAGGAGAUGGCAGAUGUGCUGCAAGAAGUGGGCCUUCGCAGUAAGAAAAGCCAGAAGCGUCGGUUUAGAGAGGAGCCAGAUGAUGAGGAGAUGGAGUCUGGGUCCUACUCUCAAUAUAGAGCUGGAGGCUCUGGGAUCCACCGCCAGCUGGGCAAGGAGCCAGCCUUUGGUGCAGAGUACAGAUCGAAGAAAGGCAAAGGCGACGUGAAGAAGAAGGGCCAGCUGGACCCGUAUGCCUACAUCCCCCUGAACAGGGCCAAACUGAACAGAAGGAAACAGGCAAAAAUGCAGGGGCAGUUCAAGGGCCUGAUGAAGGGAGCCCAGCGAGGGGCCCAGGCCGGCCGCAGGAACCGUCCAAAGGACCGUCGCCCCUGAGGGGCCUCGGACGCUCUGUCUGCACCUGCCGAAGAAGUGAUGACACCCUGUCGCGUCUGGACACCAGGAGACGGUCUCGUGUGGGACAAGGGGGAGACUCCUCUGCAGGAGAUGGUCUGUGCCUGUUUGAGCCUCCCAGGGAAGCCGCCCUGUCGCAUUACAGACUAAUGGCCCAAGCGCUGUCCUCCCGUGCUGGGGGGCAGGCGCUGGGUUGCCUGACACUGUGCCCAGUGGCCUCGUUUGGCGUGUGCAUGUGUGAGAGCGAGCAAGUGAUGUGUAAUGAAUUUUCUGCAGUGAUAAAUACCCACUGUUCCUAUCCGGCCUUGAUUCCUCACGUCCUUCCCAUGGGAGCUGUAUGCCCUGCAAACUCUUUCUGGUUGGCUGAAACUACAGCAGCCUCGCUGUGCUGCCCCUUCUCUUACCAGUAACUGCUGAGACGGGCCCUGUCCUCUGCUCUGACCACUUCUUACCAACGGGACCUGAACAGCACAAGCAGUCCUGGACCUAUACCUGCCCAGAUAUUUCAGGUUGACCUGAGCAUCCAUUUUUACCCAGUUACUUCUGCCAAAGUGCCCUGGAAAAAAUAAAGAUGGAGUUGAGGGCAGUGGAUACACAACAGCUGUGGGAUGCAGGUCUUGUGGCAAAUGGUUCACACUGUGAAGAACAUGUAUUUAUGAGCAUAUCUGGUUUUCCUUUCUUCUACAUUAAAAAGCUUUUAGUCCUUUGUCA